AUGCUGCUGGACUUCUCCACAGCCAUGCAGUUGCAUGAUUUCAGCGAGAUGCAGGCCUUUCCCACCAAGCUGCGCUACAUGUGCAUUUGCCUUUCAGAGGUGAUCUUCAUGGAGGGCUUCAUGCGUAAAAUUUACAAUUUCAUCAAUGGCUUGGAGGUUUUGCACCUCAUCGGCACCUACGAGAAGUGCGAAGAGGAGGAAGAGGAGAUAUACGAAGUUAUCAAUGUGCAUAAACUCAAAUCGGCCACGCCCAAUUUGCGUGUGAUCAAUUUGUAUGGCAUUAAUUUUAUUGACGACUCGCAUAUAGAUGCCUUCAGCUCCAAUUGUAUUCAGUUGGAGUGUUUGGCUGUGAACUUUUGCAACAAGGUGACUGGCAGCACUCUGAAAACACUAAUACAGCGUUCGAAACGAUUAAACUGCUUGCUAAUGAACGGUACUAGUCUGAAGUCGGAAUAUGUAAUGCAGGUUGAAUGGGAUAAAUGCGCCUUGCAGGAGCUAGACAUAACCGCCACUGAUUUGUCGUCUGAAUGCCUUAUUGAUCUGUUGACGAAAAUACCAAAUNACGAG